GGUUUUGGAGGAGGUUGAUGGAGAAGUUCCAGGUGGCCCGCUUCAAGGUGAGCUGGACGGUGCUCCUGGCUCCGGCCUACUUCACGUACCUGCUGGCGGGGGCCACCGUCUUCCAGAUACUGGAACGAGAGGCAGAGAGCAACAACCGCAACCACUUCCAGCUGGAGAAGCUCCUCUUCCUGGCUAACUACACCUGCCUGGAUGGACCAGCCCUGGAGAAGUUUGUCCAGGUGAUUUUGGAUGCUUGGGAAAAAGGAGUGAAUCCAUCUGGCAACUCAACCAACCCCAGUAACUGGGAUUUCAGCAGCUCCUUCUUUUUUGCCGGCACAGUGGUCACAACUAUAGGUUAUGGUAAUCUGUCCCCCAGCACUGUGUGUGGCCAGGUGUUCUGUGUUUUCUAUGCGCUGUGCGGGAUCCCUCUGAACCUGGCCUUCCUCAACAUGCUAGGGAAAGCCCUUUCUCUCCACCUCGGGCGGCUGGAGAGGGGCAUGGUCUCACUUGUUCCACAUAAGCAAUCAGUCGAAGCUCUGGCUGUGAGUUUGUUCUUCAUCACGGGCAGCCUGCUGUUUUUGGUCAUCCCUCCGCUGCUGUUCAGUUAUGUGGAAGGCUGGUCGUAUGGUGAGGGCUUCUAUUACGCCUUCAUCACCCUCAGCACCAUUGGUUUUGGAGAUUAUGUUGUAGGGACGGAUCCAGACAAGCACUACAUCUCUGUCUACCGGAGCCUAGCGGGCGUGUGGAUCAUCUUCGCCCUGGCUUGGCUCGCUCUCAUCCUGAAUAUGGGAGCCAGAAUAGUGGCACAUGCCAUUGGCAUGACACAUCCAGGCUUUAAGAAACAAGAGGAGGAAGAGGAUGUGUCAUCCAUAAAACUGGAAGACAGUUUGGCACAAGGGACCAUUCAGUCGAAGAUCUAAGAGUGGCUCUUCGGGAACGUGGACUGCAAAUGGACUGUCUUUACUUGGGUUUCGCAGCUGAAAGUAUUAAACGAUUAUUACGAAGAAUUAGCCCAAGACUCUCUAAUUUGUUCAGUUUGGCUGCUUUGUACAUACUGUGAUAUACACACAAAAAAAAAUGGGCAUCUUUUCAUCUGCGAUGUUUUUGAAAGCUUUUCCACUGCUGUACAUUUAUUCACUCUGUUGUCUGACACUUGUAUCUAUGUUUUAACAUGUCCAAAAAAAAAUGUACAUCGUUGGCUGGGAAAAUGCUAUAUAUUGUUACAGGUCAUCUAACUCAUUAGUCUAGCCUUCAUAUGCGAACAGCUAGAAAAGACUGUUGUACUCACCUUAACAAGAGCAUUUGGCUAACGCACCAAGGUAUUCAACGAGUUUGGUGAAUAAGGAAGAAAUGUUGUAAUACCCACUUUGAAACAACAUAUGAAUUUUAAGUCUGUGGUACAUGUACGUUUUACAGUAUGUCAUUCAUUACCAUGUUGUUGUAUUGUAACUGUGAGCAUCUUAUCACAAGCAACUGUGAGAUUUGAAUUGGUAACUUCAUGAUCUGUGUGUGUGUGUGUGUGUGUGUGUGCGCUCGCAUCUAUAUGUGUGUUCGCGUGGACAAGCGCUUGUGCAUGUCAUGUCAACAGCUGUGUUUGUGUACUGACGGGAAACUCAGUGAAUUGACCAUGAAGAGCUAUCUAAAACAAACACAUUAAUCAAGAUGGUGAUGUUAGGACCGACACGGGGACCUGAAAGCACACAUUAUGCAGGUCUGGUCCCCGGAAAGAUAGUAGGAACCAAGGAAGAUUACUUCUGUGUGUUGCAUGUGUCUAAAAUGUUCACAUUGACUGGUCAGGCAUCAAAGUGGAAGGGAAUGUAAAUGUAAAUGGUAGGGAAGCUUAAAAAGGCAAGGGCUUUCACUUUACACCUUUUACUUGUUUACUUGUUUGUGUAAAAACAAGAGUAUUAGUCUC